AGUAAAUGUUAACAGGCUCAUAUUAACCGUAGACAGCUUCUGUUUCUCUCUCUCUCUCUGUUCUCCAGCUGACUGGUGGGUAUUUUCAGCCCUACAUGCAAGACAAUGCACAGAAACCACAGCAACUUGUGCUCCAAACUGCUCCAAUAGGAUCUGGCUGCAGACAUGCACGUGUUUUUGUGUCUUUUUAUAGAGGUGAUGUCAUGUGUGAGUAUAAUAUUUUUUACACUCCUUUCCAAAUACUGCAUAAUAUUUACGGCUCUAAAUGUGUUACAAACACUUUUUGAAAUGAUGUUUCUUGUGGCACUGUGCAGCUCACUUAAGUUGGAUGAUCCAUCAGCAGUUCCUUGUUAACUUCAUUUAAUCUGUUUUUGCUGCUUCAGUGUUUUCUCUGCAGUGUCUAAAAGUCUGUUUUGCUUAUGCUUUAGUUAAAUGAGUAACACAGGCACCUGUCUCCUCAGAAUAUCUUUCAACUCUGAGGGAGAGAGAGAGAGAGAGAGAGAGAGAGAGAGGUGUAGAAAGUGAGAGGGUUGUGGAGGGUUUAGAGGAAAUCCCCCCAUUCAAAAACCAGAGGAGCAUCUAUAUGCAGCUUCAGACCUCUGAUGAAAUCAUGCAAACAAACACAGCUGAUACGAUCUGCACCAAAUCGUCUCAUGUAGUUAUGGACUAUAAUCUGAAAACUCUAAGAAAUUACGAACAUCUUGAACCGGAUAACAUGGAGGAACAUGAAGAUCCAAGAGAUUACUGCUACGGUGGGUAUCACCCAGUCGAGGUGGGAGAUGUGUUUAAUAAGAGAUACAAGGUUCUGUCAAAGCUGGGUUGGGGUUAUUUCUCUACUGUAUGGCUCUGCAUUGACCUCAGGUCAGGCAGGCAUGUGGCAGUGAAGGUGUUGAAGAGCGGAGCUGGAUUCACUCAAGCUGGCCAAGAUGAACUGACUUUACUGCGAUGUUCCAGUGGUCCCACAGCCCGUAACCCUCUUAAAAGACGUAUAGUGCAAUUACUGGAUGAGUUUAAGAUAGCUGGUGUGAACGGGAUCCAUAUUUGUUUGGUGUUGGAGCUGCUGGGGCCGGACUUGCGCUGUUGGCAGGUGUGUUUUGGUAGUCCAGGUCUCUCUCUCACCUGUGUUAAACACAUCAUCACUCAGGUGCUUGAAGGUCUGGAGUAUCUUCACCAACACUGUAAGAUCAUUCACACAGACAUCAAGCCUGAGAACAUACUGCUGUGUCUCACACCGCAGUCCCCGCCUCAUCCUCCAGGGGGCACGCUAGAAAUGCACACUUCAGCUAUUAAAACCACAAUACUCCAGGAUCCUGGAGCAGCUGGAAAACCUGGAAACUUGGAUAAUAUAACGGUGAAGAUUGCAGACCUCGGAAGCUCAUGUUGGGUGUACAAACACUUCUGUCAAGAGAUCCAGACCAGACAGUAUCGCUCUCUGGAGGUUCUUCUAGGCUCUGAAUAUGGCCCUCCAGCUGACAUCUGGAGUGUGGCCUGCUUGGCAUUUGAGCUUGUCACCGGUGAUUCUUUAUUUGAACCCAAAGCAGGGCAGAAUUUCUCCUUAGAGGAAGACCACCUGGCUCAUAUUAUUGAGCUCCUGGGUAAGAUCCCAGUGUCAGUGGCUCUGUCUGGGAAAUAUUCCUAUGAGUAUUUCAACCGCAAGGGUGACCUGCGGCGAAUUGUUGUCCUCCGUCCAUGGGGGCUGUAUGAAGUGCUGGUGGAGAAAUACCACUUUCUCCUAAGAGAGGCGUCGCUUUUCUCUGAUUUCCUUUUGCAAAUGUUGAACUUCCUGCCAGAGCGGAGGGCCACAGCAGCUCAGUGUCUCAAACAUCCCUGGCUAAAACUCUGAGCCUUUCUGGCUUCUUAUACUUGACACUCUAUUGUGCACUAGGUCACCAUAAGAUUUUCUGUCCAUGUUCAUGCAUGUUUUCUGUAUGCAGAAUGAAAAGGUCAUGCUUUCAUUUUUCCAAAUGGGGCUUAAAUGAAUAUUUCAUGCAAAAAUUACAAUUCGGUCAUCAUUUAUUCAUUCUUAUGUUGUUCCAAACCUGUAUGACAGUCUUUCCUCUAUGGAACACAAAGGAAAUGAAAGAACGUCAUUUUUGUCUGUGUAUUGUCUCUUUAAAUAAGGAUGGCUAGGUCUGUAACAUGUGACCCUGGACCACAAACCAGUCAUAAGGGUCAAUGUUUUGAAAUUGAGAUUUAUAUAUAAUCUGAAAGCUGAAUAAAUAAGCUUUCUAUAGGACAAUAUUUGGUCGAGAUACAACUAUUUGAAAAUCUGGAAUCUGAUUAUUGAGAAAAUCACCUUUAAAGUUGUUCAAAUGAAGUCCUUAGCAAUGCAUAUUCACUCGCAAAAAUUAUUUUUUGAUAUAUUUACAGUAAGAAAUUUACAAAAUAUCUUCAUGGAACAUGAUCUUUACUUAAUAUCCUAAUGAUUUUGGCAUAAAAGAAAAAUCAAUAAUUUUGACCCAUACAAUGUAUUGUUGGCUAUUGCUACAAAUAUACCCGUGUGACUUUUGUGGUCCAGGGUCAUAUAUGUGAACAGCACAGCUUGCAUAGCAAAUGCAUUUAAAUCUAUGAAAUAUGUUUAACUGACUGAUACAUACAUUCCACUCUUAAAUAAGCCCUGUAGUGCUUCUGUAUCAGAGACUAAAAAGCUAUGAUGACCAUGACUAAUCAGUUCAAUUUCUUGAGUAAUACUGGUGCUCUGAGAUGUUAGUGUGUUCUGAGCAGAGAUGCUAAACAAGCCAUUUGUUUUGGUAAUGAACAUGUAAAAAAUGAACCGUGCUAUGUGUUUGUGAUGCCAUAUAGAUAAAUAAAUGUUUUAUUUCUUGGGACAUUUCACUAUAUAAAUUUGUCAAGGUGAAUGUCAGUUAUAAUAAUGUACACUCAUCAUCUGUUUGUCCAUCUGCAUAUUUUCAGACCAAAAUUAAAGUCUUGAGUUUCAUUGUUGUUAUUGUUAAAGGGUUAGUUCACCUAAAAAUGAAAAUUCUGUCAUUAAUUACUCACCCUCAUGUCGUUCCACACCCGUAAGACCUUCCUUCAUCUUCAGAACACAAAUUAAGAUAUUUUUGAUGAAAUCCGAGAGUUUUUUAUUCCCAAUAGAAAGCAAUGUAAUUACCACAUUCAAGACCCAGAAAGGUAGUAAAGUCAUCGUUAAAAUAGUUCAUGUGACUACAGUGGUUCAACCUUAAUGUUAUGAAAUGACGAGAAUACUUUUUGUGUGCAAAAACAAAACAAAAAUAACAAAAAGUAUUUUCGUCGUGAGUAAUUAAUGACAAAAAUUUCAUUUUUGGGUGAGCUAACCCUUUAACUAAAAUUUAAAGUAUUAAAAAAUAUUUUUGAUGAAAAAUGUAAAAUGUAAAAAUGUUGCCUUAGCAACUAACUGAAAUAAAAUAAAUUAAAAUACUAAAAUUACUAAAACCAAACACAUUAAAAAAAUUAUUUCAAUAUUUCAAAAAAAUAAAUAAAUAAAUAAAUAUUUAAAAAAAAUGACACAAAAAGCACACAAAAGAUUUAAACUGAAAUUAAAAUGAAAACAAAAUCUAAAAAUAAAA